UCGUCAAGAAGAUCGGGCAGCCUUUUCUUCCAAGGACUUCACGUUCAUCCUUUACAUUUGAUUCGAACAAUGAAAGCAAAGCAGCGACUUGAAUGGCAGAAUCUACUUCUGAUACUAACAGUGCUUCCUGCCUGCAGGAGUUUGCACGUUUCAAUCCCGCAGGACGAAUACGAGGCUACGAAUGGAGCAGAUAUUACUCUGACAUGUUCCUUCACUCCAGCAAACCGUGACUUUAACAUGCUGGUUCUCACAUGGGAAGCGUAUCCUGAUGUGGUGGAGGAUCCAAUGAAAACUGUGGCCACCUACUAUUUAAACAACCCAAUUGACAUCGCACCCGCAUAUGAGGGUCGGGCAUUCAUGGAAGUGGAUGUUGCCAAACAACAAAGCACGCUGCGUUUAACAAAGCUGACCGUACACGACAGUCGGAGCUUCCAGUGCAACGUCAAAAUACCGAAUGACGAUGAAGGAACCACCGCGGCCUCCACCUCCCUGCUGGUGCUGGUUCCUCCCUCCAAGCCUGUGUGCGGGCUGCAGGGAGCAGCAGAAUAUUGGCACGAUGUCACCCUCACCUGCAUGUCUCAGGAGGGUUCCCCAAAACCAGCCUACAAAUGGAAACGCUACAGUGUAGAAAACAUACCCAGACCAUUUCCACCCAAGACUACCGAGAACGACGGGGCAAUUUCCUUGUUUAAUAUUUCAAGAGAGACUUCGGGAUUCUACAUCUGCGAGUCGACGAAUCGAGUUGGCUCCGACAGCUGCAACUUCACCUUAGCGGUGAUGCCCAGUAGCAUGAGCUUCGGAGCCACUGGAGGUAUAAUUGGUGGUGUUGUUGCUGGAUUUAUUCUUCUUGGCAUUCUCAUCUUCUGUUGCUACAAGAAGAGGUCUAAAAAGAACAAGAACGUUGAACGGUCCUCCAAAGAAAUUGAAUUUAUAGAUGAUCCUGAAUCUUUGGAUGAAGAGUCUAAUGCUAAAACAAAGCAGACGGAAUACAAAGAUGCUGUUCCUCAAAACAGUCACAAUAUGAAAAGUAUUGGACUCACGUCGGAAGAGGAUAAUCAUGGUUCUGAUAGUGGUAGAUAUCCGAAUGAGCGAGACCAGGAUCGUCAAAGUGAUCAAUACCAUGGUAGUCGGAAUCACCUUGAUAGAAAUGAGUAUAGAGGAAGUCGAGACAGGCUCGAUGAAGACCAUGAUGGUCGAGAUAGGCUUGACGCUCAAUACGGCGGAGGUCGAGAUCGCCAAGAAGAACGGAACGACUACAGAGGAAGUCGAGAUCACCUCGAAGAACGGAACGACUACAGAGGAAGUCGAGAUCGCCUAGACGAACGGAAUGACUACAGAGGAAGUCGAGAUCGCCUCGAAGAACGGAACGACUACAGAGGAAGUCGAGAUCGCCUAGACGAACGGAACGACUAUAGAGGAAGUCGGGACAGGCUCGAAGAACCGAACGACUACAUAAGAAGUCGAGAUCGCCUCGACGAACGGAACGACUACAGAGGAAGUCGCGACAGGCUCGAUGAUCAACGUGAUCGUUAUGGUGGCAGUAGAGAUCGCCUGGAAGAACGGAGCAACUACAAAGGAAGUCGCGAUAGGCUUGACGAUCAGUCAGGCCGCUAUGGUGGGAAUCGUUAAUGACGCCCAUGAUUACUCGCUUCUGUAUUUGAUGAAAUUUAAAAAUAAAUUGAUAAAUUCA